AAACGAACGGGAACCAGUCGAAGAAAGUUCCGUGAACGGGUGGAGCUUGAGGUGUGAGUGGAGCGGAGAUUAUGAACGAAAAUCCGAUUGUGUAACAAGCCGUCUCCAAACAAACAACCGCUGGGUAUGAAAGGUUUCAGUGGCCGCCCAUGGUCACUGUUCACUCCCGUAAUACGCGAAGGGGGCGUCUCAUAAUGCCAUUCGUUGGCCUGUCUUUCUGUUGAGGAAUUCAAAGAUAUCGACACAAAAAUUAUUGUGUGCCAUACAUGUUUUAUACCCGGUAUUUCUUCAGUAAAGUCAAUAGUAAUAUAUUAAAGAGUGCAUGGUAUUAAGAAAUAUGGUAAAUACAGUAGCGUGGUUUUGAGACGUCCCAAUUCCGUGUGUUUUCAUCCUAUGUAAUCUGGCUUCCACGGGAUUUAGUAACCUGGGGCUUUGGAAACUGUCACCACAGUCAUUUGGUCUAAACAAGGCAAGGUGAACAAUACGAACUGCAAUUUCCAGUUGGGGAAGUCCACACAGACAUUGGAGGUAUGUCGGAAGUGAAGAAGCGUGUGCUGAUCAUUGGUGCGGGGGCUGCAGGGACUGCUGCGGCAUACAGUCUUGGCAGAUAUCCAGACAGAUUUGAUGUGGAGGUAUGGGAAAAGUCCAGGGUUCCAGGGGGUGUUGCCACGACCAACCUUGUGAAAGGCAACCUCUUUGUAAAUGAUGGUGUUCAAGGUGGGACACCAACUUACAGAAACACCCUCAACUUAAUGAACAGAUUUGGUUUUGAGACAACCCCUGUCCACAUGAAGAUCUCUUUUGGCAAGGGGCAAACAGCCUGGACCAACUACACGGAGACUGAACUGACAGAAUAUCUUAAAGAAGAUAUAAAAAAAUUUGGAUCAGUUUUGAAAACUGUCAACAGAUAUGAGGCCUUCUACAUCUUUAUCCCAAUUUCCAGAGUUUUGAAGUGGUAUGGGUUCUCUGAUUUGUUUUGUAAUGAGAUGGUAUAUCCUCUCACAGCCUUAUUCUUCGGGACAGGCAACCAGACACCAAACGUGUCGGCCGCCAUCGUGGCUCGGGUCUUCCUUGAUGAUGAUCUCAGGUUGUUUGACUAUGACUCUGAGCACCUUUUAAGUCAAACACCAGAAAUGUUUGCAUUCCCUAAUCUUGAGUCCAUGUAUAAAACAAUAAUAGCGAAAUCAGGUAUCAUUUACCAUGCUAACCGUCCUGUGACCUCAGUCCGUAGGACGAGGAAGCAUGUCUAUGUGACAGACUCCAACAAUCAUGAACAAGUCUUUGAUGACAUAAUCUUUGCCUGUGAUGCAGAAACUGCCUUGAAGGUUCUUGAUGAACCAACCCUCUUUGAAACCAGAGCCUUGGGGAAUGUCAAGUAUUACAAUGACCUGAUAGUAACUCAUGAAGACAGAGAAUACAUGGACAAGUUCUAUGAGCUCCAUGUAGACACUGAUCAAUAUUUUGUCCGAACGGAUGACAAUGACAGCUCCAAACUAGAGAUGUCUUUCAACCUGACCAACUACCAACCCCAGCUCAAGUCUUCGGGUAGGAACAUCUUUCAAACAAUCUUCCUGGACGACCAAGUACAGGGGGCAUGGACCAGAGAUGAAAUCAAGGAAGACAAGAUCCUCUUGAAACGUUGGUGGAGGCAGUUUUCUCACUCCUGGAAACACUUUGCAUUUACUGUGCCUUUCAUGCGCUACCUCCAAGGCAAGAAGCACACAUGGUACUGUGGGUCAUACACCCUCAUCAACACUCACGAGGUUGCUGUCAUUUCUGGUCUGGCAGCUGCACACCAGCUCGGGGCUCCGUACCCGUUCACUGAAGACAGCCUGGCAGCCAAACAGUUUGACCAUUACAUGAUGGUCAUCCAUGGUCAGCCAAGAUCUGUUGGAGUUAACAAGGACACAGUGAAGUCAUACCUACUUGCUCCAUUGAUGUUUUUGUUUGCCUGCUUUGCUCUCUUGCUGAAGGUGAUCCUGAGGGUGAUGUCGUAAGUGUCCAGUUUGUAGAGCUGAUCCUGAGGGUGAUGUCAUCAGUGUCCAGUUUGUAGAGCUGAUCCUGAGGGUGAUGUCAUCAGUGUCCAGUGUGUAGAGCUGAUCCUUAGGGUGUCAUCAGUGUCCAGUGUGUAGAGCUGAUCCUGAGGGUGAUGUCAUCAGUGUCCAGUGUGUAGAGCUGAUCCUGAGGGUGAUGACAUCAGUAUCCAGUGUGUAGAGCUGAUCCUUAGGGUGUCAUCAGUGUCCAGUGUGUAGAGCUGAUCCUGAGGGUGAUGUCAUCAGUGUCCAGUGUGUAGAGCUGAUCCUGAGGGUGAUGUCAUCAGUGUCCAGUGUGUAGAGCUGAUCCUGAGGGUGAUGUCAUCAGUGUCCAGUGUGUAGAGCUGAUCCUGAGGGUGAUGUCAUCAGUGUCCAGUGUGUAGAGCUGUCAGAAGCACCCUGAGAGCAUUGUCCAUCUUCCUCAUUGUUAUUGCUUAUCUCCUAAAAUGGUGGUGCUUCUGGUGGAUCUGUAAUUAAAUUCAAAGGUGCUAGUUUAGAGUUUCCAUAUUCUUGACAAUUAAGAAAACACUGGGAUUUUUGUAACAGAAAGUAUUUUUGGCCACUGCUUGAAGAUGUUCAUGGCAUACAAUUAUUUUCUCUGAAAGGAGCUGAGCUACUAUCUAUUUGUUUCUCACACCACCUUCUUAGGACAUACAUCAUGUUCAGCAAACAAUUACCUUUUGUGUGUAAUCUGUCAGGCUGUGUUAUCUAUAUCCGUCCUGUAUUUUCAGUGAAUAAACAAAUUAUUUUUGUCCAGAAAA